AUAAAAGCGCUCCGGAGCCUAGGAGCAAGAGCCCGUGCCAGCACAAGGCUGGCUUAAUCUCCAACAACAACAACAUCACCUCCCCAGCUGCCAGCAACACUACUUACCAGUCAGCCUACGCGAGAACCAGGCGAAUUCCUCCAUUAAAACACACUUUUCGAGGGCGACAUUGACACGAAUCAGCCAACCGCCUUCGGUGACCUUGAAAAGGAAGAGUUGGAACCCUUAAGGAUAUUUUGGGCGUACGUGUCCGUUACGUGUUGGAAACGGUCGGGAAAGGAACUGACAACCCACGAGAUGAACCGGCAACAACAUCACACAGGCCGUGUCUCCGGUGAUGACCUCGAGCGACAAAAUGGCGAUGGCCUCCCUGCCCAAAGGGAGGAUACUCCUGCAGCUAACUCGGACUCAGACUUUGAAGACGAUGCUCUCCACAGAAACAAUAACAUUAACAGCAACCAGGAGGACGCUAACGGGGGUUAUACGACGCCAAUGGAAAUAGACUUAACAACUGAGGAUGUAUAUUCAGAAAAUGUUAGCAUAAUGGCGCAACACAUAAUGAGUGUUAUUAGCUCGGAAGAUAAGUUGGCUACAACUCAGUCAAACAAGAAGGAGGUUCAAGUGAGGAAAAGAAUAACAGACAAGUGGAUCUGCAUGUUCCAGAUUAUAGGAGCUUUGGAGUUUCACAUUGAAGGAGGAGCAGAGACAUUUGAAGUCAUGGACACUUCUGAAAUAGCAAAAGUUGACAAUUACCUCAAGGGUUUCUUUGGUGCCUAUAAUGAAAAUAUAAAAGGUAUGACAAAACACAAUUUCAAAGUUAAUCAAGUAUUAGGUAGCCAAUACAUUUACCACGCUAAGAAUAACGUCUUGACUGGGGUCCUUGUAGUUGUGGGGGGGAACGGCUUGGUGGAAAACCUUCGGUUGAACUCCCAUCUAUUGCUUGAAAAAUCUGAUCCAUUUUCUCCUCUUUUGUACAAAGACCACCAUAAUGUUUACAUUGGCCAUGCAUACCCCAUUCACACAGAGGAUGUUGUUUGUACUGGUGGCAACUGCCUUCGUGACCUUUUGAUAAAGUGGGUCAAUAAGGAAUUCUAUGAGAGACUACACUGGAUUAUACCAUCAACAUCUACUAAAAUGCGUCUGAUGUCCCCCAAGAGAGCCCAGGCUAAAGAAGACGAAGAUCUACUCCUUUAUAAGAAUCUCAUAAAGAAAAUGGAUGAAGAGGUUUUGAGAGACUUUAGGAAAUCAUUAGAAGAAACCAGUACACCUCGAAAGAAGAGCCAAACGAUUCAGCCCAACAGUCUUUAUGAGUAUUGCAACAUUCAACCAGGUCAAGAAUGUUCUGUCCGAUCACAUCACUGGCAAGUUUUUGCGGUUGAGGUUCCUCUGAACAGGGAUAACACCGUAAAUGAUCGCGCCCAUAGACAGGUACUUGCAAUAAGGGAUAAAGGUGGUGUUGUCAAGAAAAUUUCCGAGUAGGGUGUCAUUUUGAAUUCUUCUGUGAGUUAUUAAACUAUGCUUACUUACAGCUCACCUGUCCUUUCUAUGCUGCCUUUUCUAAUGAGUAACUAAUUUUGUUGAAUUACACUGUUAACCUGGUGUAUCUUAAACUGCUUUGCUUAUAGAGUGACUUUGGGUUUUACCUGUAUUUGUAAUAAUGCAUGCUCAAAAUUUUUAUCUCAUAUACCUCUCUUCAGAACUGUCAUUUCUCCCUUUACAAAUAUAUUUUAGCAGUAAGAUGUAAUGAAUUCUGGCGUUAAAUAAAUUAUAGACAACAGAGAA